UCAGGUCGAUCAAUGUAAUGAUUAGCUUAAACUUUAACUUGCAAUUGACUGUCAUGAUCAAUAUUGUGCACCAUGUAACCUUCAGAAUUUCAACAUUUUUUUCCUUCUCCAGUUCUAAUGAAUUAACCGACUCAACUCUGUCAUUUAGCAGGGAAAUAAUAUUCAUUAACCUUGCUCAAUAUUGUUGUGACAAUUUAUGGAAAUUCAUUUCGAGUUGUGAACAUUCAUUGGGAAUAAUAUUGAAAACUCGCGUUCAACUUCAUCUCUGUUUUGCAUUCAAUUUUUAAAUUCAAUCUGAAACCAUUUUUGUGUCAACUUUUGUAAUUUAUCAAGUUAACUCAUUAGUUGCUCAUUAAUUGUUCAACAAUUGAUCAUUGAUCAAUUUCUUGCUUCUUUGCACGGUCAACUUUGAAUGAUACGAAUUUCAAACUUUGAAUCUUCUGACAAUUCUCAUUACAACAAUUAUUUGGUUAAAAGUGGCGAAGAAUCUGAUAUUUCAGUUUAUCAAGCAUUUACCAUGACUCAGGGUGACUCUUAUUCAACCAAUGGAGAUGGCAAAGUUUACCCUGAAACGGUCAUCUCAACCAUAUCAGCUAGUUUACUCAACGAUUUCAUUGUUCACUGGAAAUCAUUUUCCGUUUCAGUCGAAGUCAAUCCUUAUGUCAAGUACAUUGGCCGUAAGCCGGAAAGUAAAUACAUUUUAAACAAUAUUGAUGGAUCCUUCAAGUCGGGUCAACUGAUUGCCAUUAUGGGACCUUCGGGAUGUGGCAAGUCAACCUUGAUCAACUGCAUCUCGGGUCGAUGGAAGGGUUUAACUGAGGGUGACAUUUGUCUUUCAGGUGAUCGAGCUAGACUCAACAUGGCCUUUAUCCCUCAGUACGACAAUUACUUCGAUGUGCUCACCGUCAAGGAGACUCUUGUCUUUGCUUCUCGCCUGCAAACCUCGACCCUGGUAGCAUCAAACUACUACAAGGCGUACAAGGCCUUGUCUACAGAAGGACCAGCAGCAAGACUGGAUGUGCGUAGGUUUACCGUCUCUGACACCAACUACCAUCAACUGGCUAGUGAUCAUGUUUUGACACUUUUUGGUCUUGAACAUGUAGUCGACUCACGGGUUGGUAAACUUUCAGGUGGACAAAAGAAGCGUCUCUCUAUUGCUCAAGAGCUCAUUUCUCGACCCGACAUUUUGAUACUUGAUGAACCCACUUCUGGACUUGACUCGGCUGCUUCGUACAAUUGCAUUGAAAUUUUGCGCUCAUUGGCUUCAUCCAAGCCCUCUAUGCUCAUCAUGGUUACCAUUCAUCAGCCCAACAUGAAAAUUUUUCAACUCUUUGAUAAAGUUUAUGUUCUCUCAAGUCAGGGUCAACUUGUAUACGAUGGAUCACCAAUCAGUUUGAUAGGUCAUCUGGAUAAAGUGGGAACACCUUGUCCAACAUUUACCAAUCCAGGUGAUUUUCUGAUUGAAAUUGCCUCAGGUGAACAUGGUCCCGAUGCUCUGGGUGCACUAUUGGCCCAUCCUAGACCUUUUGAUGAUAAAAAUGAACUUGAACUGGUCAAUAAACGAAUUUUAACUCAGGCCGCUUUUCGAGCUUCUUAUCCACACUUGAAACACUUUUUCAUCCUCUUACAUCGAUCUUUCCUUUUGACACUUCGCGAUCCCCUGUUAGCAGCCUCACGGUUUGGUAUUCACAUUGGAAUGGCACUAUUUCUAGGCUGGUUUUAUGGUCCCUACAUUGGUAAAUAUGGAGGUUGUCCACCCGAUCUCGGGUCAUCAUUCAGUAUCCAUGCCAUUAAAUCUGCUUCGGAAGAGGUUAUUGGAGAAGCCAAAGGCUUGUUGGACAAUUUUUCGGCUUUAUUUUUUUCCCUUCUUCUUCUCAUGUUUGGCUCAUUGACACCCAUGUUGAUCACCUUUCCCCUCGAAUUGUCCAUUUUCAUCAAAGAAAAGUCAAACGGUUGGUACGGAGUGGGCUCAUAUUUCCUUGCUCGUACUCUGGCCGAUUUGCCUUUUCAAUUGUUCAAUUCCAUUCUAUAUGUGUCCAUCACCUAUUACAUGAACGGGCAGAUACAUGAUUGGGAUCGAUUCUUAGCCUAUCUCUUUAUCUGUGUCAUGGUUUCACUGAUCGGUCAAUCACACGGCCUUGCUGUUGGCUCGUUUUUUGUUCACAAUGUUACAGCUGCAGUGUUUCUGGGUCCAGCCUCGUGUUUACCUUUGCUUCUGUUUAGUGGUUUUCUGGUCAAAAUUGAAACCAUGCCAGCUAUACUUCGACCCUUGACCAACUUGUCUUAUAUACGAUUUGGCUUUGAAGGUGUUUUGAUUUCACUUUAUGGCUUUUUUAGGUGUGGUAAGGGAACCAUGGAAAAGAUUGAAAUGAUGAAAUCCAUGUUCCAGGGUUGGAUCAAUAAAAUGUUUUCGAUUGCUUUUGAGACCAUCAACGGGGAAGAUGAUGAUUCACCUGAAACAAUGAAGCAAAUUCGUGAUAUAACCGAUUCAUUGACUACCGCAGUUUUCAACUCGGUGGGUGGAGGUUUAGCUAAAGGUGCUGCAGGUAAUCGAACCGAGGUUGAAUCAGGUGUAAUGAUUAUCUACAAUUUAAAAGAUGAAUAUCUUCAGCGUACCUUUUGGGUUCUCUGCGUUAACCUGAUUGUCUAUCGAUUUGCCACUUUUCUAAUUAUCCGCCAUCGAGCAUCAAAUUAAUUUCAACAUUUCAUCAGAUUCAGUAUAUUUAAAGUCAAAUAUAUUUUGUUGUGUUUAACCAAAUGUUACUAUUAUUAAAUCGAUCAAAGUUCCA